GUGCAGGGCUUGUGGGGAGGGAGGGAGGUGCCAGCGCUGGAGCCUUGAGGCCCUGCUGGCCCCUGGGCACAGGCCCAGCUCCAGCCCCCCAGGGAUGGACCUCGUGGACCCCGACAUCUUCAACAGGGACCCCCGGGACCACUACGACCUGCUUCACCGGCUGGGUGGCGGCACCUAUGGGGAAGUCUUCAAGGCCCGGGACAAGGUGUCAGGGGAUGUGGUGGCCUUGAAGAUGGUGAAGAUGGAGCCUGACGAUGAUGUCUCCACCCUCCAGAAGGAAAUCCUCAUGUUGAAGACUUGCCGGCACGCCAACAUCGUGGCCUACCAUGGCAGUUAUCUCUGGCUGCAGAAGCUCUGGAUUUGCAUGGAAUUCUGCGGAGCUGGUUCACUCCAGGACAUCUACCAAGUGACGGGUUCCCUGUCAGAGCUUCAGAUCAGCUAUGUCUGCCGGGAGGUGCUGCAGGGACUGGCCUAUCUACACUCACAGAAGAAGAUCCAUCGAGACAUCAAGGGAGCCAACAUUCUUAUCAAUGACGCUGGGGAGGUCCGACUGGCGGACUUUGGGAUCUCUGCCCAGAUCGGGGCGACACUGGCCAGACGGCUCUCUUUCAUCGGGACACCCUAUUGGAUGGCUCCGGAAGUGGCCGCCGUGGCCCUGAAGGGGGGCUAUAACGAGCUGUGUGACAUCUGGUCUCUGGGCAUCACAGCCAUUGAGCUGGCUGAGCUCCAGCCCCCUCUGUUUGAUGUGCACCCCCUCAGAGUCCUCUUCCUCAUGACCAAGAGUGGCUACCAGCCUCCUCGGCUGAAAGAGAAGGGCAAAUGGUCGGCCGCCUUCCACAACUUCAUCAAGGUCACGCUCACCAAGAGCCCCAAGAAACGGCCCAGUGCUGCCAAGAUGCUCACUCAUCAGAUGGUGUCCCAGCCUGGGCUGAGCAGAGCCCUCAUCCUAGACCUUCUGGACAAGUUGAGGAACCCCGGGAAGGGGCCGCUGGGGGGUGAGAGUGAGGACGACGAGCCCGAGAUGCCCCCAGCCAUCCCACGGCGGAUCCGAUCCACCCACCGCUCCAGCUCUCUGGGGAUUCCAGACGCAGACUGUUCUCGGCGGCACAUGGAGUUCAGGAAACUCCAAGGCCUGGAGACCAGACCCCUAACCCACACGGCUGACCUUCAGCCCCCUGCAGAUUUCCAAAGCGGCAGCUCCAGGAGGGACCUGUCUGAGUCGGACGACGACUAUGACGACGUGGACAUCCCCGCCCCUGCUGAGGACAUGCCUCCUCCACUACCCCCCAAGCCCAAGUUCCGUUCUCCGUCCGAAGAGGGUUCUGGGGGUGCUGAGGAUGAGGGGCAGCUGAGCCCGGGGGUGCUGGUCCGGUGUGCCAGUGGGCCUCCUCCAUGCACCCCCCGUCUUGGGCCUCCCCCAGUCGCCCGCAGCCCCCACCUCACUGCCCAUUCAGAACCCUCUCUGUGGAACCCACCCUCCCGGGAGCCAGACCAGCCCCCACUGCUGCCCCCCAAGAAGGAAAGGCUGAGAAGAAAGCCUGUCCAGGAGUGUGCCCUUUUAGUAAAGUUGUUCAAUGGCUGCCCGCUCCGAAUCCACAGCACAGCCACCUGGACGCACCCAUCCACCAAAGACCAGCACCUGCUCCUAGGGGCAGAGGAGGGCAUUUUCAUCCUGAACCGAAGCGAGCAGGAGGCCACGCUGGAAAUGCUGUUUCCUAACCGGACCACUUGGGUAUACUCCAUCAACAACGUGCUCAUGUCUCUCUCAGGAAAGACCCCCCACCUGUAUUCUCAUAGCAUCCUGGGCCUGCUGGAACGGAAAGAGGCCAGAACUGCAAGUCCCAUCUCCCACAUCAGCCCCCACCGGCUACUGGCCAGGAAAAACAUGGUCUCCACCAAGAUACAGGACACCAAAGGCUGCCGGGCUUGCUGUGUGGCGGAGGGUUCCAGUUCAGGAGGCCCUUUCCUGUGCGGGGCCUUGGAGACGUCGGUGGUCCUGAUGCAGUGGUACCAGCCCAUGAACAAGUUCCUGCUUGUCCGGCAGGUUCUGUUCCCGCUCCCCACGCCUCUGCCGGUUUUCGCGCUGCUGACCGCGCCGGGCUCCGAGCUGCCCUCGGUGUGCAUCGGCGUGAGCCCCGGGCGGCCGGCCAAGUCCGUGCUCUUCCACACGGUGCGCUUCGGCGCGCUCUCCUGCUGGCUGGGCGAGAUGAGCACGGAGCACAAGGGGCCAGUGCAGGUGACCCAGGUAGAGGAAGACAUGGUGAUGGUGUUGAUGGACGGCUCUCUGAAGUUGGUGACCCCAGAGGGCACCCCAGUUCGGGGCCUGCGCACACCCGAGAUCCCCAUGACAGAAGCUGUGGAGGCCGUGGCUAUGGUUGGGGGUCGGCUUCAGGCCUUCUGGAAGCAUGGAGUGCAAGUGUGGGCUCCAGGCUCCGACCAGCUGCUGCAGGAGCUGAGAGACCCCACCCUCACCUUCCGGCUGCUUGGCUCUCCCAGGCCUGUCAUUGUAGAGACGCGACCAGCAGAUGAUCCUACUGCCCCGAGCAACCUCUAUAUCCAGGAAUGAGUCCCCUGGUAGUGGAGGGUAUUGGGGGAGGUAUUGGAAACCAGUCCCUGUAUCCCCCAAAAAGACACACUAGUGGUCAUGUCACAUCCUUGUCCUCCUAAUAAAUAUGACGUUAGCUUC